AUGUCGUCACCAGCACAAAGACGGAGGGUUCUUCGUCCCGACAGGAGCCCCCCUAGCAGCCCGACUUUUCAAGCCACCCCUCGUGCCUCGAGACGUCUAAUGGCCGAGGGAGCCGCACCCUCUUCGUCCCCCAUUUUUUUCCAGUCAUCCCCGACCAAGGGAGAUAACAAUGCCGAGACUCCGGAUGAACGCAUGGCCGAUGCCAGCUCAACGGUAGACGAUGGCGACAGAACCCCGCGAGGCAAUCCCGGUGUGAGAGAUUCUUCUCCUAUUCAUUAUAUUCCAAGUUCUAGCCCUACUCGAGGCCUUGGUCGAUCUGAUAUCCGUUCCGACAUCCGCUCCGAUGCAUUGAGCGCCAGCAGCGGAUUAUUUGUGUCGCCGGGAGGCCAGGGCCGACGGGGACCUCGUCGCAGCGAUUUGCACUCCGGUGGCUUUGGGUCUACUCCCAGUCGCCGUAACCGGGUGUUUGUUGAUGCCAAUGGAAUGCCCACAGGUGAUACAAUGCCUCGCUCCGAUGCCACUUUCUCGAAUAUCAACCCUGGCACCUCCGAAGCUGACGCAAUGGCCGGAAACUCCACUCGUGUGAUUUGGGGUACCAACAUCUCGAUCCAAGAUUCCAUGUCGGCGUUCAAGAACUUCCUGUAUAAUUUCGCGACAAAAUACCGUCUCUGGGCUGACGGUGCCUCCGAGGAUGAAACCAGACUUAUGGGAGAAUUAGCAGAGAGACAUGAGUGCAUCGCCAUGUGUAACGACAUGCGACGACUCGGUGUGACCACAUUCAAUCUCGAUGCUGCUAACCUGAAGUCAUACCCAUUGACUCGCAAGCUGUGGCACCAACUUUCUGCAUAUCCGCAAGAAAUCAUCCCUCUGAUGGAUCAAGCUUUGAAGGAUGUGAUGGUGGAUCUCGCUCUUAAGGAAAUGGACGUUCUUCGGUCAGAGAGUCAACGCGCUGCUCAGCCUCGUGACCGACGUGGUCAGCCCAUCCUCACCUCGGACAAUGUGCUUCCGACUGUCGAUGUGCCGGAUCUGGUCGGUGAAGUGGAGGCGAUGACCUUCAAGGUGCUUCCCUUCGGCCUGGACAAGACCGUGAACAUGCGUGAUCUCGACCCAGCCGAUAUGGACAAGCUGGUCAGCAUCAAGGGUUUGGUCAUUCGUGCUACUCCCAUCAUUCCCGAUAUGAAAGAAGCUUUCUUCCGGUGCAGCGUCUGCAGCUAUGGUGUGCAAGUUGACAUUGAUCGUGGCAGAAUUGCUGAGCCAACAGUCUGCCCCCGAGACUCUUGUAAAGAGAAGAACUCAAUGCAGCUCCUCCACAACCGUUGCUCCUUCUCUGACAAGCAAGUCAUCAAGCUCCAGGAGACCCCAGACAACAUUCCUGAUGGUCAGACUCCUCACUCAGUGUCUCUGUGUGUCUAUGAUGAGCUAGUCGAUGUUUGUAAGGCUGGUGACCGUGUGGAGGUGACUGGUAUCUUCCGCUGCAACCCCAUGCGUGUCAGUGCUCGUCAACGCUCACAGAAGUCCCUGUUCAAGACGUACAUCGAUGUCCUUCAUGUGCAGAAGUUUGACCGUAAGAAGAUGGGCAUUGACAUGUCCACAGUCGAGCAAGAAAUGUCUGAGCAGGCGGCGGAGGCAGAUCAAGCGCGCAAAGUCUCGGCCGAAGAAGAAGAAAAAAUCAAGCAGACUGCCGCUCGUCCUGACAUCUACGACCUGUUGUCUCGUUCCCUGGCUCCCAGCAUCUACGAGAUGGACGACGUGAAGAAGGGUAUCCUGCUGCAGAUGUUUGGAGGCACUAACAAGACCUUCCAAAAGGGAGGUAACCCACGCUACCGUGGCGACAUCAACGUUCUUCUGUGCGGUGACCCCUCGACCUCCAAGUCCCAACUACUGCGGUAUGUUCAUAAGAUCGCCCCGCGCGGUGUCUAUACCAGUGGUAAGGGUUCAUCGGCUGUUGGUUUGACUGCCUACGUGACCCGUGACCCGGAGACUCGCCAAAUGGUUCUAGAAUCCGGUGCCUUGGUUCUGUCCGAUGGUGGUGUUUGCUGUAUUGAUGAGUUCGACAAGAUGAACGAUUCCACACGCUCCGUCCUUCACGAAGUCAUGGAACAGCAGACCGUCUCUAUCGCUAAGGCGGGUAUCAUUACUACCCUGAACGCCCGAACAUCCAUCCUGGCCUCUGCCAACCCCAUCGGCAGUAGGUACAACCCUAAACUCGCUGUUCCGCAGAACAUUGAUCUGCCGCCCACUCUGCUCUCUCGUUUCGACCUGGUAUAUCUGGUCCUUGACCGUGUCGACGAGACGGAGGAUCGUCGCCUCGCUAAGCACUUGGUCGGUAUGUACCUUGAGGAUAACCCUGAGAAUGCCAGUUCGCAGGAAAUUCUGCCUAUCGAAUUCCUUACGGCCUACAUUACAUACGCCAAGACCAACUGUCACCCUGUGAUCACCCCAGCUGCGGGUGCUGCCCUCACCGACGCCUACGUGGCUAUGCGCCAGCUCGGUGAUGACAUCCGCGCCCAAGAACGCCGUAUCACUGCCACCACUCGACAAUUGGAGUCUAUGAUCCGACUUUCCGAGGCGCACGCACGCAUGCGUCUAUCUCCCGAGGUCACCGCCGGUGAUGUUGAGGAAGCCGUGCGCCUCAUCCGCUCCGCCAUCAAGCAGGCCGCCACCGAUUCCCGGACCGGUCUCAUUGACAUGGGCCUUCUGACCGAAGGCAGCAGCGCCGCUGACCGUCGUCUGCGCGACGACCUGAAGAAGGCGGUGCUGUCCCGGCUUGACGAACGUGGUGGUGUGAGUGGUGGUGCGGUCCGCUGGACUGACCUGUAUCGCGAUGUGAGCGAGCAGAGCGAUAACAAAAUCGACCACAACCAGUUCAGUGAUGUGGUGCGCUCGCUGGAGACGGAGGGCUCAGUUAAUGUCUUCGGUGAGGGUGCUCGUCGUAGUAUCCGCCGGGCGGCCAUGAGCAUGUCCUAG